AUGGAAGCGACGCUGGUUGCAAUAGGCAUUGACAGCGAAUCGGCUGGAGAUGCCCAUGAAGCGAAAUCUCUUGUGCUAGAUAUUGUCAAGCAUACUGAUGGUAUCAGUUAUGGCUUCAAGUUAGUUUCUCGUUUAUUUCAAGGCGAAUUCUGUCUCAGGUUUCAAAUUAUAUUUUUGCGUGUUUUUCGGGAUGCGGUCUCCGUUGUUCACCAUUUCUCGACUCCGGUAGUUGAUAGUCGGGCGAUCCGUAAAAACUGGGAAAUAGCGCCAGGAGUUCGUCUUCCACUUGCAAUGUAUACAAAAUCAGUGGCUGCAAAAAAUCCUCUCAAAAGUGUGCUUGUUAACGAAGAAGGAGUGGAGGCCGAGUCGAGCUCCUCACAGUUCGCAGAUCUCACUGAAAGAGAAAAGAGAAUACAAGUUUACUAUUUUGGAGACACGAAGGUGCCUAUAGGAGAAGAUGAUGAAGAUCGUUACAAUCGGCACAAUUUUAACGAGGGCGAACAAAGAGGAUGCAUGAAACUUAUCCAGUUCACGAAAAGGGAGAACAUAAAGGAAUGCUUCUUCAUCGGUCGCAAUUCGUUCGUUGUUGUUCCAGGCUGGGAGAAGAAGACCUCAGAGAGAGACCUGGAAGCGAUGCGCACGACGGUUUCGCUCAUUUCUGCGAUGUUGGAGAACGGUGUGGUGGCUAUUUGCCGAUACGCCUCAGAUGCCGCCAAACACCUGCAGCUAAUGGCGCUUAUUCCUCACCGAGAUGAGGAACUUGAUUUUGUUUACCUUCAAGCUCUUCGUCUACCGUUUGCGGAGGAUAUGCGUCCGUUCAAUUUCGUUAGUGUUUCUGAAAGUUGUCCGAAACCAAAUCACAAACAGAUGAAUUUGAUUGAUGAACUUAUUGACGUUAUGCAAUUCAGUGCUGAAAGCGGGUCAAUGGAGCCUGAAAGUGUUUUGAACCCGUUCUUCCAGCGUCAGUGCACUGCUAUGAAACUAAAAGCCCUCAACAAUAUUAACAGUGGUGAUGAUUCGAAAAUUGCUGAUCUCAUUGCGCCGUCGUCGUUUUUGAAGCGAGGACUUGAACCGCAUCCUGAUUUGCUUGAAGAAGGCAGAGUGAGUCUCCACGAGACUGAAAAAUACUACACAUACCACCGUCUUUUUGAUGAUGCUCGAGAUCGUCUUAACGAUAACUUCGAGUUCCAUAUGUCAUCGAUGUUGGAAGAAGUGGUGGUUAUGGUAUCAGCUGAUGAUGAAGAAGCCGAACAGCUCUAUGAGACAAAAAAGUCUAAUUUUCUUCUAGCGGUAAACAUGUCGGCUGCUGCAGUUUACGACAGUGUCUCACCAACGCCCAGUAUAGAAUCUGUGGCAGCUGAGAUAAGAGAUCUGACAACCUCUAUAGCAGGUGAAACCGACGCUGUGACUGUGGCCAGUGUUUUCCGGAAGGAGUGCGAUAGCGCCUCACCAUUCUACCUCGGCCCUUCAUGUAACCAAAUGGCUAUAUGUGAUGUGGUGUACGAUUCGGCUAAGGAGAAUGUUUUCGUUGCAGAUUACCAAAAGACGAUCACGGCACAGCAAAUCAUAACUUUCACUCAAGAAAUCGAACGAGCGGCAACCAAGGACGAGUCUGGCAAUAGUUGUUUGAUGAUCUCAGAAUUAUACUCUGUACUAUCUCGUUCUCCGCCAGAAGUUAGAGAGUGCUUCAAGCGUCAAGUAAUUAGUCAAUUAGUGCUUUCCAGUAAUACAACCAACGGGUGUAUCUCAUGCCAGCUUUUGAGUAAGAAGCUUACCAAAUUCCAUGAAUUCCUCGAUCUUGUUAUGGCUGAAAUUUCCAACAAGCUCUCAUGGGAAAACGGAAUGAAAGACUGUCCGUUCUAUUAUGCGGUGUUCGCAGAGCGGUGCGUUUUCUUCCACCUCGAUCCACAAAGGACUGGGAAGGUUUCGAUAUCGGAGCUCACCUCUACCCGAUUGUUAGACGACCUCUUUGAAGUAGUUAGUAUGCAGAAACGUGCACCCGAUGAUAAAUCGUGGGAUACUCCAAGCUCUUGGUGUUCAAUUGGUAAAUUUUGGCGAGUCCUAGAGCAAUUCCGUAAUUGCGAUAGGGAUGGUUCAGGAAUGGUGUCUCUUGAAGAAUGUCGUGGAUUGAGGGAGGGUACCAUUACGCCGUUGUUCUUGGAGAGGGUGUUUGCAAAUCAAAUCCUUUAUGGGGACCAGCCACCGUAUGAGAUGGACUUCCGAGGCUUCGUGGAUCUCGAUGUCGCCAUUACAUCGAGAAAUGUUUGUUGUUAUAAUCGAUUCAAAAGGUGGUGUUCCUGGAUAGCUUCUUUCAGCAACCGGCAUCCAUUAGGUGGCUAUUCCGGAUACUCGAUCUUGAGAGACGAUGGCUUCCUGGAUCGUGAUGAAAUCAGAAUGAUGAUACAAAGCAUGUUGGAGAAUUUAUCGGCAAUGGAGAACUGGGCGAUGAGUUUUAACGCCGACGAUAUCGUAGACGAGAUUAUCGAUAUGAUAAAUGCAGCUGAGACGAACAGAAUUGUGAUUGACGAUGUGUUAGCCUGCAACAUGGCUGAAACGGCAUUGGGCAUUCUUAUCGACUACGUGGCUUUCUUGAAAUACGAAAAUCGGGAGGAGGAAGCGGGCAACUAG